AGACGGACGCCAAAAGAAUUCGUAGUUCUGGUUUUUAUUUCGUUCCCUUUGAGUUCCGGUCCGUUCGUGCGCAAGGACGAAGCCAUACUCGUCGCCCCCUGCGGACACCGAGGGAGUCCCAUAAAUCAGCGUAACAACGAAGAAUUAUUAUGCUUCCAGGUACUCAUUCUUCAAUUUCAAUUCAAUUUCGGAAAAAAGAGAGAGGAAGAGCUGUUAAAUUAGCAGAACACUUUUAAUUCAAUGUGAAUUGCGGGGGUUAGAAAUUUAGGAAUUUCAGGUUAGGUCUUUUAAAUUUAUUUUAAUUAGGGUUUAGGAUUAUAAGUAUGAAAGGCCGUACGCAUCGGGCUGACCCCCAUGACGACUGGGGAGACGGUUCAUGGACCGUGGACUGCGUCUGCGGCGUUAAUUUCGAUGACGGUGAAGAGAUGGUGAAGUGUGAUGAGUGCGGCGUGUGGGUGCACACGCGCUGCUCGCGUUACACCAAGGCAGAAGAGUUGUUUGCCUGCGACAAGUGCAAGAGCAAGAGUAACCGUAACGACAGUGAGGAGAAAGAGGUUGCACAAUUGCUCAUUGAAUUGCCGACAAAAACGGUUAGGAUAGAGAGUAGUUAUGUUGGUCAUGUGCCUCCUCGGCGGCCCUUCAGGCUUUGGACUGAUAUUCCCAUGGAAGAGCGUGUCCAUGUUCAAGGGGUUCCUGGAGGGGAGCUGGGUUUGUUUGGAGGUUUGUCCGGGGUUUUUACGCCGGAGUUGUGGAAGUGUACAGGGUAUGUGCCUAAAAAAUUCAAUUUCCAGUAUAGGGAGUUCCCGUGUUGGGAUGAAAAGAAAGACGAUGAUAAUAAAAAUGGUAAGCAAAAUGAGAAUGAGAAUGGGAAUCUGGUUGAUAAUGGUGCCGGAGUUCUGAUUUCUUUGUCUAAGGAGAGGGUAUUUGGCGCUCCGAUUUAUCCUAUGAAGGAAGGCUUAAAGGAAGGGAAGAAGAGUGAGGGUGAGGAUUUGGAUGGAAAACGUUGGCAGAAUGGGGCAAGGAAGGAUAGGAGUGUACUUCAGCCUGUUGUGAUACCCUCCAGUAAGCGGAAGAAAGACGAGCUUGGGGCAUCCAAAGAUAGGAGUGCAAAGAAGAAGUCUAGAAGUGCUGCUGAGAAAGAGGCUUAUGAGAAGAAGAGAGCUGCUCAAUCCAAUAAAACAGUGAUUAGGCCCAGCAGUGAUGCAAAACAAUUGGAAUUUUAUGAAGACAGAGGUUCGAAGUCCUUCAAGACAGAUGUUCAGAGUGUAAAGAACAAAAAUUUGAGGGACAGUGUCCUUCAAGAACCCACAUCGGAUGGUAAUGUUGCAUUGAACCAUGCGGUUGAAAGGCCUCAGAAAAACUUAGUGUCAAAGGAGCGUGCUUCAGAGGCCUCAACUUCUAGCAUGUCUGGACAUGAUUUUUCAAUUAGAUUUGAUCUGAAGGAGGAGAAGGUUGACCACCAAAUUCCCGCAGCUAUGAAGAGCUCUCCUACAACAGAAGAUGUUGUUGCAUUGCCAUUAGAGCACAAAGAUCCUGGGAUAACUCCUGUUAAAGAAGAGGGUGAUAGCAUGACAAUUGACAAAGUAGAUGGUGGUGUAGAAGGUUCUACAAGUCUUCAGGAGCAUCCAGUUGAUGAUUUGGCUAAUCCUGCCCUGGGAGUUCAGGGCAAUAAGAUUGUUAAAGAUUCUAAUGGGAGCAUGCCUCAUGUUUUAGUUAAACCUGAUAUUGAGGUGAAAAAAGAAAUGAAUCAUGAUGAUGGUUCUAAGGUUGUCUUAACUGCUCAAUCUUCUUCUCAUGAUGAUACUAAAGACACAGGGAUAUCUUCCCAUCAGACAUCAGAAACUUCCCAAAUGAAUGAUGUGGUUGGAGGCAGUUCACAAUCUUCUGACGGUAAGGAAAAGGUCAUUGUGUCAGAAGUGGUUGCUGACUGUCAUUCUGAUAAAGCUAACGAAAUGUCUGGUGAUUGUUCUUUGCUAAAAUGUGAUUUGGAGGGUUCAGAAGUUCCUGAGCCGGUGCAGAAAAGUUCUUCAGAAUCCAAGCUUGUUCCUGGAUCUGCCGAAGAGCUUAAAUUAAGUGGAAAUGUGUUAACCUCUGAAGAACAGUCUAUCCAGCAUAAAAUGGUAGUAUGUGUUGGAAAGCCAUCUUCCACGUCAUCUGCUGCCAUAAACCCCAUGUCAUCUAUUCCUGAUAACUCUAAACCUGCAGAUUCUCAGAAUUCCAAUCCUAACACUAAGCAACGAGUAAUUUCUGACAAUAAUGCAAGCAUUAAGAAAGAUCAUGCUGCAAGUGAUGUACCCAAGGAUGAAGACAGGCAUGACAUAUCACGGAAGACAGCGAAAGAGCGUCCCAAAUCCUCUUUUGGUUCUGCUUCAAAAGUGUCACACCAAAGCAGGAUUUCACAUGCUUCCAUUUCUAGGAGAACUAUAUCUGAAUCUAAAGAUUCUGUGCCUUCCUCAUCUUCAAAGGCAUCUUUGGUGCAGAAUACUUCAGUUACCUCAGUCUCUGGUGAGCCUGCCGGGUCAAUGCAAAGUCAUUCUGCUUCACAUGUUCAACAAAAUAAGACAUCAGCUUCAGGUUUCCUCCAGAAAGGUGAAAAGUUAAAUCAUUCAAGUACCCAGCCAGCAUCCAAGGUUACUCAUGCAACAUCAGCACAUCCUUUUGCAACAUCAAAUUCCCCUACUCUGAGUGAUGAAGAGCUUGCUUUACUUUUGCAUCAAGAACUUAAUAGUUCACCAAGAGUACCUCGUGUUCCACGUGUGCGGCACACUGGUAGCUUUCCACAGCUGGCAUCUCCAACUGCAACAAGUAUGCUAAUAAAGCGCACAUCUAGCUCUGGAGGAAAGGAUCACAGUGUGGUUUCUAGAAGAAAAAACAAGGAUGCAUCUAAAGAUGGGUCACGUGGUUCUCGUGAGCCUGAUGAUGAGGCUAAAAGGACUGACAAAGCGCUACUUUCACCUGAUCAGAGACAAGAUACUGGAUCUGCCAUGGAUGCUUCUGUUAAAAGUGAUGACAAGAAUGUCCUGCCUGCACCCACCACAACCACAAACAGUGGCCCUUCUUCUUCCACUGAAGCCAAUGACCAAACUUUGUCAUCUAUACGCAGUUCACCGAGGAAUAUAUCUGAUGAUGACACAGGCAUAGUUCGUGGUUCUGCACCUCGUACUCUACCUGGCUUGAUAAAUGAGAUUAUGAGCAAAGGCAGGCGAAUGACAUAUGAAGAACUAUGCAAUGCAGUCCUGCCGCACUGGCCUAACUUGAGGAAACAUAAUGGAGAGCGCUAUGCAUAUUCUAGUCAUUCUCAAGCUGUUCUUGAUUGCCUAAGAAAUCGACAAGAAUGGGCUCAGUUGGUUGAUCGUGGCCCCAAGACUAAUUCAAGUAGGAAAAGGCGCAAGGCUGAUGCUGAAGAGUCAGAGGAUAAUGAAUACAGCAAAGGAAGAACUACUAAGGAGGUAGAAAGCAAAAGCCUCGAGUCACAGAAAGAAGAGUUUCCCAAGGGCAAAAGGAAAGCAAGGAAGCGAAGGCGACUGGCUUUGCAAGGAAGAGGAAUAAAAGAUGUCCAAAGGAGAAGGAAGGUAGAUUUCAGCGAGGAUGAUGCUGGGCCCUUCUCUAAUUCCAGUGAGGAGAGCAUGUUCAGCGAGGAUGAGAUCCAAGGAGGCGGAGCUUGCCCAGCAGGGAGCGAGGCCUCAGCCAGCUCAGACGAGAUAGGGACCAUGUAACUUGAGGACUGUCUGGCUUCCCAAGAUGAAGAAAUGGGCUCCCCAGUUUUAACUUUUGGACAGUGCUCUUGUGUUUUUCUGAUAGCGAGUCUAUCUUCCAUGCGCUCAUCUUCUGGGAUGAGUCUCUGCAUGUAGCGACCACUUUCCUUUUAGCGGCAAUGGCGAUUCACUAUUGGCUUUGAAGAGUUGCUGGAUGGUAGUGCCGGUCUGUGGUCUAAUUGGAAAAUGUAAUAUUCGUGUACAUACACAUAGACGGAUUUUUUGGUAGUAUUACGUGGCUGCCCCGACUUUUAAGAAAAGUUUUAAUUUUGUCUCCACUUAAAUAUUUCGACGAACAAACCUUAAUAUAUAGUAUUACAUUCACGAAA